UAUUUGAGAGGAGCUUUUUCUUUCAGAAAGUUUUGUUUUUGGUAUAGUACAAUUAGAUAAUUCCUUUAUGGCUUUGUAGGUCAAAUCCUAUCAUAGCGAAAUGUAUGUCAAGCGAAAUGUACCACGCACGUAGGUGCUUAGCAGCGAUAGUGGCAUUAUGGGAUGAAGUGUACCCUGCUCGUCCCUGCCUUCAGUACCAGGGACUUCUCCAGAACUGAAGAAAAUGUACAGUGCUGCUGGAUCUCACCUUAAGUUGCUGACCCCGAGCAUCAGAAGGGCUAAUGGUGGGGUCCAGCAUCCUUGCCACAUUGCUUGCUUUGGUACUCUCAGACGUGAGUAUUGCACCCUAGCCUUUGAACCAUAAUUAACCCCUUCACCUUUUGCCACCCACCCCUACUGGUAACAUGAAGUACUUUUGUCAGUCCUAUGCUGUGAGUGAAACCACUGAGCUUUUGUAUAGUAACUAUGGCACCUACAAGCUUGUACUUAAUUUCUUACGGAUUUUCUUAUGUUGGGAUAAACAUAAAGCUCAAUUUUCUUGCAAGUUAGAGAGAAAUUAUAUAUUGCAAGGCAUUACAAGUAUGUAAUUCAGAAUUUCUUCCCAAAGAUCUUGACUUCAUUAAACAAAAAUUCAGAAACAUAACUUUUGAAGGUUUCAAAAAGGCUUAAAACUGUCUUUAGACAAGACUAUUUUAUCAGUAGAGAAGAUAGGAAGUGACAUUAAGUAGAUAAUUAGUAGUUUGCCUUAGGAGAUGGCAUUGAGUAUUCUUACUGUGUUCUUUUAUCUUUGUGCAUUUGUGUCAUGACCUUUUAAUUUUUUUCCCCAUUGCAACAUCUGCUGGCUUUUAUGGAAUAAUUUCUUUGGUAUUUGUAAUGUUUGAAAGAUGCUUUCAACAUAUCCAGCUAUUGUUCCUAAACUGCUAACCAGAUCAAAUUUGGAACUAGUUUCUUAAGCUGUCAGCUUAAUAAUAAAGCCAUUUUAGUUCUAAAAUAAGAAUUGUCCUUUAUUUCAUUGGUCUUUUGUUUCCCCCCACACACAUACCCCCCAUUUUUAAAAACAGGCUGCAGACACUUUGGCUGUAAGGCAAAAAAGAAGAAUUUAUGAUAUCACCAAUGUCUUGGAAGGAAUUGACCUGAUUGAAAAAAAGUCAAAAAAUAGUAUCCAGUGGAAAGGUGUAGGUGCUGGCUGUAAUACUAAAGAAGUCAUAGAUAGAUUAAAAUAUCUUAAAGCUGAAAUUGAAGAUCUAGAACUGAAGGAAAGAGAACUUGAUCAGCAGAAGUUGUGGCUACAGCAGAGCAUCAAAAAUGUGAUGGACGACUCUGUUAAUAAUAGAUUUUCCUAUGUAACCCAUGAAGACAUCUGUAAUUGCUUUAAUGGUGAUACGCUCUUGGCCAUUCAAGCACCUUCUGGUACACAGCUGGAGGUCCCUAUUCCAGAAAUGGGUCAGAAUGGACAAAAGAAAUACCAGAUCAAUCUAAAGAGCCACUCAGGUCCUAUCCACGUGCUGCUAAUAAAUAAAGAGUCUGGUUCUUCUAAGCCUGUGGUUUUUCCUGUUCCUCCACCUGAUGACCUCACACAACCUUCCUCUGAACCCUCAACUCCAGUGACUCCACAGAAAUCCAACACGACAACUCAGAAUCUGCCUGAUCAACAGGUCUCUGAGAAAAGCCAAAAUCUUCAGCAGACACCAGCCACAGACUUAACUUCAGCAGGAUCUAUUAGUGCAGAUAUCAUUGAUGAGUUAAUGUCUUCUGAUGUGUUUCCUCUCUUACGGCUUUCUCCUACCCCAGCAGAUGACUACAACUUUAAUUUAGAUGAUAAUGAAGGUGUCUGUGAUCUGUUUGAUGUCCAGAUACUAAAUUAUUAGAUUCCACAGAAACUUGGGACUGCUAUCUACCUCUAACUGCGUAACAUUUUAGCAUACUUAAUAACUAAGUAUUUAAAAUAAUGAAUGUAACAUCUUUGUAGUUCACUGAUUCUGAAGUAUUCCUCCCUAAUACUUUCUUUUCUACUUCACAAAACUUCAACAUAAAAACAAAGGGCUCUGAUUGCUUCAGGGGUAUAUGUGACUUAAUAUCCAAAAGUCCCUCUUCCAAGUAAUUAUAUUUUAAGACUUCAAUAUUUUCUUUACUUCUGAAUUCUUCUUUUUAUUUUGUAAGAGGGAAAUUGUAGAGUUAAGGUCAUCAAAAACAAAUAGUUGGCCAAGGGCUCAUCACUUGUUUGUCUUCUAUUUCUACUGCCACAAAAUUGUGUCCCCUCCUAUCUGCACAGACACUCACUGCCACUUGUAAUUUGAAGGUUGUAAACUAGGAUAGAUGUUAACUGUUUUCAGUGAACAGAUUUUGUGAAGUGCCUUCUGUUUUAGCACUUUAAGUUUAUCACACUUUGUUGACUUCUGACAUUCCACUUUCCUAGAUUAUAGGAAAGACCUGUUGAUGUAGUUUGUCUUUGAAAUGUGCCAAUGUCUGUACAUUAACAAGAUUUUUAAAAUAAAAUUGUAUAAAGCAUU